AUGCUCCGACGAAAGCCUACGGCGGUUCGUCUUGUGCCAGCAGUCUCGCUUGAUGAAGCUUUGACGAACAACCACACGAUAGUCAAAGUGGAUGUCGAAGGAUCCGAGAUUCAGCUGUUGUCCAAGCCUAGGCAAUGGAAGAACACCCGACUACUCAUUUUUGAAUUCUCUGCCGGUCGAAGCCGACACUUCGGCGCUGGCCCUCUGGCCUUUGCAGGAGUUCUGGAUGCUUUGCGAUCUGGCGGGUUCACGCACCUCCACCUGGAAGCACGAGGCGUCGCGACGCAAAAGUUCUGGACACGGGAAGGGAACGUGGCGGCGAACCUGGACUUCAUGGUGUGGGUAUACCGAAGACUUCCUGGUGUCGAUCACGACCUCGUGGAUUUGUGUGCUUCACCCGAGAUGGAGCGCCUUCUUCGCGAGCUUCCCGGCAAGCUUCGCAAUCUAGGUGAUGGGAUCAAAGACGUCAACCAAUCACAAAGGACGACUCUGCAACAUCUUUGGGCCCUCGAACAUCGAUUCCUUGCAGAAGGAGCACGUGCAUGGCAAUUUGCCACGAAAAUGGUUACAGAAUUGCAGAAAGUGUGUGUCUCUCAGACCCUGGCGAGUGUUUGCCGCGUGUGGCGCCAAGACGGUGACUACAUGAGGAUGUCGGAGCGGCACGUUUGCGUCUUGUGCUCGGCCAAUUCCGAACAGAGGGAGGCGGCACUUCUUUCGCCUGGUCGCUGCUUCGCGCCGACCUGGCGGAACGCCGAAUAG